GAUGUCGGCUAAUAAUAACAACCUGCUGCGCCUUUAAGAGGAUGACUGAGAAGGAAACCCAAUAUCUCCAGACAUCCAGCUCAAAUCCUCAUCAAUUAACAGUGAGAGCGAGAACUGGACGAUAUCUGAAUCAGUCCCACUGAGGCCAACCACACUUAACCUGUUUUUUUCUGUGUUUUUGUGAGUGCUUUGUUUUGUUUUGUCACACAUAACCCGGAUUAAAUUACGCAUUGCACCUUUAAGAAGCUGUCAUCGGGAUUAGAGUUACCCGUAGUGAGCCAGGUCGCCCUCCGGAGGGGUUUUACGCACCACUGAGGGGUCUCCUUCAUCGACAGCACUCCCUCUGUUCCUUCUCCUCUCCUUCGCUGGUCCUGACACCGCCGGGGAGCCUCCACGCUGUGCGACAUGGCCGAGCCAGGGAAAGGGGUCACCGCCGGGAAACUGGCCAUCAAUGUCCAGAAGAGGCUGACCAGGGCGCAGGAAAAGGUGAUGCAAAAGCUGGGGAAAGCCGAUGAGACCCGGGACACUGCGUUUGAUGAGAUAGUGACAAACUUCAACAAGCAAAUGACUGAAGGCACCAAACUGCAGAAAGACCUUAAAGCUUACCUGAUAGCAGUGAAAGCGAUGCAUGAUGCGUCUCGGCGGCUGCAGGACUGUUUGGCUGACAUGUACGAGCCUGAAUGGUUUGGUAAAGAGGAGAUGGACACACUGGCAGAGGACACAGACACUCUGUGGUUGGACUACCACCAGAACCUCACAGACAAAUCUUUGGUCACCAUGGACACGUACCUGGCUCAGUUUCCUGAUCUAAAGGCUCGUAUAGCAAAGCGCGAUAGGAAGAUGGUGGACUUUGACAGUGCCAGGCAUCACUUUGCCUCUUUACAGAAAGGAAAGAAGAAGGACGAGGCCAAGAUCGCCAAGCCAGCAGCCCUGUUGGAGAUGGCGGCUCCCAGCUGGGCUCAGGGUUUGAUAUCAGCCCACCAGGUGGCUCAGACUAACCUCUCCUACAACCAGGCUGAAGAGGAGCUGGGUCGAGCUCAGAGGAUUUUCGAGGAGCUAAACGUGGAAUUACAAGACGAGCUCCCAGCACUGUUUGACAAUCGUGUUGGCAUCUAUGUUAACACAUUCCAGGGUCUUGCAAGUCAUCAGGAGAAGUUCCACAGGGAGAUGGGCAAGCUCAGCCAAAACCUGAACGACAUCAUGACCAAACUGGAAGAGCAGCGGGAGCUCAAAACAUGUGGUACUGCAGCAGCAAAGACAGGAGAUGAUGCCAAGAGUGAGGAAGUCAACCACAGCGAAUCAGCAAGCUCAGCACCAAAGAGGCCAGGUCCUCCUCCCAGCCGUCCUCCGCCCAGAAUGACACCAUCUCCAGACCAUAGACCGCAGCAUGCCAGCCUGUUAGAGGACGAGAACGAGGACGAGGCACCGGCACCGGCACCGGCACCGGCACCAGCACCAGCACCGGCCACAGCCACAGCCACAGCCACAGCGCCUGACACUAACACAGACUACACCCCCACAACAACACAGCAGAGUGCAGUGACCAAUGGCUCAGGUGGUGACCUCCCUCCAGGAUUUGUCUACAAGGUGAAAGCGAUACAUGACUACGAUGCGACUGAUGGGGACGAGCUUGAGCUGAAGAUGGGAGAUGUUGUGCUUGUUUUGGCCUUUGACAACCCCGAUGAACAGGACGAUGGCUGGCUGUUGGGUGUGAAGGAAUCUUACUGGGUGAAAAGCAAAGAUAUUUUAGUUAAAGGUGUUUUCCCUGAAAACUUUACUCAGAAGGUUUGACGUUCAGGUCAUAAAAGUUCAGACCCUCUCCUGUGCCCUAAACUCAAGCUCUGAACAUCCACACACCAAAAAGGUCUCCGUGCAUGAUUAGAAAUAUGCACUGAACACUUUACUGGCUAUGUUACCCCAUGAUUUAAUGCAGUUUGAAACCGUGCCCCUCAGUAGAAACUCAUUGAAGCUAACAGAAAGCUAUUGCAAGAUGAAUUUUUAACAGAACCCAACACCUUGUGGAAAACAAGAGUCCUGUUUGGUCAAAUUUGACAUCAAAUUAGUUUUUUUCUUUCACUAUUUAUUCCUGCAUUAUUUAUUUGCUGAACUAAAAUGAAACACAAACAAGUGAUAUUGAUAAGAAGUGAAAUAAGUCAUGAUGUACUGUAUGAAUGUCAAACUGCUCUACGUUGUGUAUUGAAUAAUUUUAUGUUUUGAGAACUCUUCGCAGUUCCUUGCAUGAAACUUUUGAUUGUACUGUCAUUUUCUUUGUCACACACCUAACACUGUGACACCAGAGGGGACGCUCUUCACUGUGGCCAUGGUCUGAUCUGUACAGGUGUCCUAGAAUAGAGCCAUGGGGAACUCUCCUGUUGUUGACAGUUGGUUCGCAGGGCAAUGCCUUGCAUUAUCAGUUUCUAUACAUAAAGGAUUAUCAGAGGGAACAUUUUUUAAUUUAUAUCAUGGCCAUUUUGAAGAUGUGUGGCUUCAGUUUCCUGAUGCACAAAUGGGAUUGUAUUGUUUUCCGAUUAUCUUCUCAUUGAUUGAUGAAAUGCAAAACAUAACCCUAAAACCCAGUAGCUGAUUCUUUCUUUGAACUUUACCACUUAAUGUGACUGCUCACCGUUAAUAUGGAGGUUAUACUUUCCUACACAGGGUGUAUGUCAUUUUACUCUUUUUAAAAACUGUAAUAUGAAUUUGAUUGGUUCUCUGUGCACUUGGGGAAGGGACAAUCUGACUGGACAGUUAACCUUGUUCUUCACACCAUAAAACACUGCUGUAAAAACACUGAUUUUAUAUAGUGUUUUUAAAGUAAAUGUGAGACUGUGGCUAAAAGAUUCAGGCCCUCUCUCAGGUUCUACAUGAUGACACGGUUGUCUAAAGUAACUCUAACUACCCUGCAGUAUAUAUGAAAACCCACCAAAAGGUAUUUUUACAUUGUGUGGAAUGAAUAAGUCCAAGUGGUAACUGACGCACCAUCUGUUGGAUUAAAUCAAUCAUUAAAGA